AUGAAGUACCUCUUGCAGGCAUGUGCUUUCCUGGUCCUUGCGAUUCGUGCACAGGAUGAGGCUUCGAUCAUGCAGCUGAGCACUGUGCUUGGCGCGAGGAAUGUCGACCUUGAGCUGGCCUACCUGGAUCUUACGGGCCUGGCGGUCGAAGCCCGCGCGGUGGGUUUCUGGAGCCUGGCGCAGUCCUUGGAGAGUUUGGAGGCGAGCCAGGGAAACUUCACUUCGCAGAAUGACGAAGCCUUUCCGGAGCUGGCCCGACAAUUGCAAGGAGUCGCCAAGGAGGUGAUGCAGGACCAGCAGGAAGCUGCAGACUUGCUGCGGCGCCUUGCAGCAGAAUUUCGGACCUGCAACGAUCAUCUGCAGGAGCGUCUCAGGGAGACCCUGACCAAAGAGCUUGGCAGUGCUUCGCCGAUGGUGCAGCACGCGGAGACCGCGCGCAAAUGCAGAAAGAAGGGUAAGAGCCCGCAUGCUUGCAAGAAGAAUAGUGGGCUCGGGCCAGAUCGGUGCGCAAAGACCCAGCUGAACUGCGGCUCCUCGACGGACUGUUCUGUAAACGAGGAGAAGCGUAAAGACUGCGAGACAUGGACCAUCACCUCAUCACAAACCCCAGAGACUACAGGAGAAGGGUGGCCGUGGAUUCCGAAGGGUAAGCGCAAGAAAGACGACGCCAGCAGUUGCGAGCCUGCGCGGGGGGAGUUCCAGCAACGCUUCUGCGAACUUCAGGUGAGCUUGACUUCCGUGUGUUCGGCACACGACAAUUGUUGGGAGAAAGCCGAGUCUGCCUGGUUCCAUGCUCACGCCGUCAACACAGGCACCGCCAAGAGGAAGGUCGUUUUUGAGGCCGUGAAGCGAAUGGCCUGUCACCUUCUCGAUCUUUCGGCGCCAUCUUCGACGGAUUGCGACAGCUUAGUUCUGGACCUUCCGGUGCACAACGUCUCCAUACCAGAUGACUUAAGAAAAGAGACCUGCGGGCUCACGGCAUGCUUCCCGUUGUCUGAUGCCAAGCUCACCCUGCAGUGCGACCCUUCAGAAUGCACUGUUACGAUCGCUGAAGAAGGUGAUCUCCCAGCUGAUGAAGACAUGUGCUGGCGUUGGUCAGGCGGACAGCUGAAGUAUAAACGGUGUCCUAAAGCCUGCAGAACCUCUCAGCAGCAAGAGUGGGCUUGGCACAAAUGGGCUCACCGCAGACGCGCGAAGCGCAGGUAG